AUGUCCUAGGGGUCUAGCUUUUUCUGCGGGAGGCUGGAAGUGUGUGUGUGUGGGGGGUGUGUGUGUGAGUGAGAACCGAGUCCGGGUCCGAGCCCUCCGCAUCCUUCCUAGCCUCUUGGUCUUCGCCUCUUCGUGGCGGCGCACUGCCUCCCUACUGAGACGCUAGCCAGCCUCCGUUGCUGGCAUUUGGAAUUCUGCCCGAAUAGGGGGGUUCUGAAGGAGGAAGAAGAGGAGGAGGAGGAGGAGAGGGACAGACGGAGGCCAGCGGCGAGACGCGGAAUCCGGAGUCCAAAACAGCACCGGGAGAGGAACGGAGCGGCAGCGGCGGCGCCCAGGCAAGCCAAGGCGCCCUCCCGCUUGCUCGCCCGCCUGCAGUGCAUCAGCGUGGCGGGGCCUGACACCCCCAGGAUGGUUAACGCGGGGCAUUAUGCACUGGUUAACAGCCUCCCAGCCCUUGAGCGACUUGUUUUAAGCAUUUUCUCCCUUGCUCUCGCUUUUAAUCUUGUCUCUAGUGGCGUGUGUAGGGGGGAGGACUUUAUUUCCAUUGGCUAAGCUCUCCCUUCCCACCCACAUCUCUUCCACAUCACCUUGGUGUCUCCCUAAAUAAAACCAGCCCUCCUUAUCGCCUGGAAAAAAUCAGGAGCUAGAGUUUGAAUGGAUUUUAUAUAAACACGCACCCCUGACAGCGUGCAGCCCAGCUCUCAGGAUAAACUCACUGCUGCCUGGCCUGAUGCUUGCUGUGCUUGUUCUCUCCUGUGAACAUCAAGGUUUAAGCAGAGACUGGGAACUCUUCCCUGAAAUUUGAUCAGCCUGAAGCCAGUGGCAGAACUGCACAGGGUCCCCAUGGACCUCAAGGAGAGUCCCAGCGAGGGCAGCCUCCAGCCCUCUAGCAUCCAGAUCUUCGCCAAUACCUCCACCCUGCAUGGGAUCCGCCACAUCUUCGUGUAUGGGCCGCUGACUAUCCGUCGAGUGCUCUGGGCCAUGGCUUUCGUGGGUUCCCUGGGCCUGCUGCUGGUGGAGAGCUCAGAGAGGGUGUCCUACUACUUCUCCUACCAGCACGUCACCAAGGUGGAUGAAGUGGUGGCCCAAAGCCUAGUCUUCCCUGCUGUCACCCUCUGCAACCUCAAUGGCUUCAGGUUCUCCAGGCUUACCACUAAUGACCUGUACCACGCUGGGGAGCUGCUGGCCCUGCUGGAUGUCAACCUGCAGAUCCCUGACCCGCACCUGGCAGACCCCAUAGUGCUGGAGGCCCUUCGGCAGAAGGCUAACUUCAAACACUACAAACCCAAGCAGUUCAGCAUGCUGGAGUUCCUGCAUCGGGUGGGUCACGACUUGAAAGAUAUGAUGCUCUACUGCAAGUUCAAAGGGCAGGAGUGCGGCCACCAGGACUUCACCACAGCAUCCUCAAGCAAAAUAAAACUGAUGAUGACAGAAGAAGAUGAUGAAGAAGAAGGAGAUGAUGAGGAAGAAGAAGAAGGAGGAGGAGAAGAACAUGCUCUAAUACCAUUUGUGCACAAGCUGUCAGAUAUUAACUGUGCUGCUGAGCCUUUUCUGUUGAGUUUGAAUUCCAGCUCAGUUGCCAACCCAAUAUGUAACCUUGAACAGGGCUCAGAUUCCUCAGAUAUGUGUCGUGAUGCACAGUUUAUAUCUCAGGAAACUGAGGCAGAGAGGAUGUUCUCUGACUUGUCAUACAUGCAUGACUUCACUUUGUUCUGGGCAGUGUGCCAGCCUCCACAGGUGAUGCACAACAGCAAACAUUCUACAAGCACUGUUCCCUUGAAGUAUCACACCCUACAGGAAGAGCUGGUGUUAUCCCACCUUAGAGGCCAGGCUCUGAAGAGGACAAGAGCAAGGAAGGCAAGAACCCCUUUCACCAGCCAAGCAGUAGACAAGAAGCCAUCAGAGGGCAAGUUGAAAGCACAGGACUGUGGACGGGGCAUCGCCAAUGUGCUGGAUGUGUUGCUAUGA